UAUUCAAAAGGCUAACAUGAAGUAGAAAAGUGUUAAUUUAUUUCAUUACAGGUACGACCAUUAUAUAAGAAACAAAUAUUCUUGAAAUGGCGUUCAAAGUUACUGUAUUCUUUUUAAUUCUAUUAUUGAAGUAUUUAAAAGCUGAAAUUGAAUGUGGUGAUAACGAGGUAUUAGACAAUUGUCCAACGGACUGCGCAUCUGAACACUGUCCCACGAAGGAGAGUGCGCCUCAAAAGUGUCCCUUCCCUGACCCGUGUCCUGCACCAGCAUGCCGGUGUCAAUUUAACUACCGCCGUGCUGUAAAUGGAAUUUGUAUACCAACAUCUGAUUGUCCACCAUUCACAUGCACCAGGCCGAAUGAACAUUACGUAGCCUGUCCUCCACUGUGUCCUACUGAUGACUGCAGCCAAGCGACACCUACCGGAGACUGUCCAUCGCCGUUUUCAAUUUUGAUAGCCAUCGCUUGUGCCCCAACGUGUCGUUGUAUAGACCACUAUUGGCGGCAAAACGGAACAUGCGUGCCUUACGAUCAGUGUGAUAAAAAAACAUCUGCAAUAACAUGCGGUAAUAACGAAGUAGAAGAAGAUUGCCCGCAAACUUGUACAUACGAUUAUUGCCCCAAAAGUGCGGAUGAACAAAACGUAUGUAGAAACAAUACUAGCAGUGAUGGUGGAUGCGUGGCAGGCUGCAAGUGCCGUUUCAACUUCCGCCGAGCUGACAAUGGACAAUGUAUAUCAACUAGAGAUUGCCCGCCGUUUGCCUGCACUGGUGAAAAUGAACACUACGACCCAUGCCCACCAUUCUGUACCGACAAUUGCGGUGUCCGAAAUCCAGACGGAACAUGCAAGACCAUCGGCAGAAUUGGAAUUGUCCUCGAAUGUUUCCCAAAGUGUCGAUGCGUAAGUGGAUACAGCAGAUUGAACGGUGUUUGCGUUCCUAAUGCAGACUGCAACAUUGCAAGACUAUACGCAAUGAAGUGCUUAUUAUAUUUAUGUCUAUGGUGUUAUUGUGUACUAGUAAGCAGUAGCAUAGUCCUAAUUUGUAACGGUGGACACGAAUACUACGAGUGUGGUGGAGCCUGCGAUAAUGUAUGUGCAGAUUUACAUAUACAGAAUAAAACAAACUGUCCCAUCAUUAAUAUAAGAUGUAAUGACAAGUGCUACUGUGAAGACGGUUAUGCAAGGGAUGUCAACGGCAAAUGUAUACCGAUAAAAGACUGUCCUAAAAUACGUUCGCGUCGUUCCAUUGGGAUACCAGUCGCAUGUGGAUACAAAGAGAUCGAAGUUUCUUGUCCAAAGAAUUGUACAUACGACUCAUGCCCGAAAUCAGCUGAUGAAAAAAAUGAAUGCAAAAGUAAUACGAAGAGUGGUGAAGACAAUGACGAAAGCUGCGUACCAGGCUGCAAGUGUGCUUUCAACUACCGACGAGCUGAGAACGGAACGUGCAUACCAACUAGAGCUUAUCCACCAUUCGACUGCCCUGGAGAGAACGAACACUAUGAUCCAUGCCCACCAUACUGUACCGACAAUUGCGGUGCAUUGAAAGCAGAUGGAACAUGUAAUAUUGUCGGACGGAUUGGAGUCAUACUACAAUGUUUCCCUAAGUGUCGCUGCAAUAAAGGAUAUGGCAGGUUGAAUGGCAUCUGCGUUCCUAAUUCGGACUGCAAAAAGAAUUACAAGAAAUGCUGCACAGGUCCUAACGAACACUAUGACGAAGAGAAAGUAAGCUGUCCUCCAGAAACCUGUAUCUCCCUUGUGGCUAAGUUUUCCUGCAUUGACUCCCCUCCACCGUCGCCAGGAUCUGAACUGGACGUCACUAUGUAUAUAAAUAGAACAGCAAUGUUUGUCCGGCAGAACUUGUCAGACUACUGUGUUAGUAACAUGAGGGGAUUUUUGCUAAUAUUGUUUGUUGGAUCCACCGUUUUUUCCCUCUCCGCAGCAGAUAAUGGUUUGACUAGUUGCGUAAGAGCCAAUGAGGUUUUAGCUUGCGUUAAAGCAUGCCCACCUGAAAAAACAUGCAGAAACAGAGGAAUACGAUUCAAUUGUCUUAAUGAUGAAAAAGAAUGCACUUCAAAAUGUAUUUGCAAGGAAGGUUUUUAUAGAAAUCCAAAGGGCCACUGUGUUACAGAAAAACAGUGUGACUUGUGCCUUAGAGAACACGAAUAUUAUGCAUGCGGUGGAGCCUGCGAUAAUGUUUGCUCACAACUACACGUACAGAAUCAAACUAACUGCCCCAUUGUGAAUGUAAGGUGUAAUGACAAAUGCUAUUGUGACGAAGGUUAUGCAAGAGAUAGUGAUAAUAAAUGUAUACCCAUAGAGCAAUGUCCGCAGAGUCAAGGACAACAAUACAGAGCUGCUCCAGAGGAGCAAACUUGCGGCCCAAAUGAGAUUUUCAGUCAAUGCAAGAAAAGCUGUCCACCAGACACGUGCAUUUCGUUAGUAGCCAGAUUCAAGUGCGACUCCAGCGAAUUGUGCAGACCCAGGUGCAUUUGUAAACCAGGAUUUCUGCGGUUAAAAACCAGAGCUCCAUGCGUACCGAUGCAACAAUGUCCAGAAUUUGAAAAUAAAAUAUGAAUAGAUAAAGAUGUACUCAGAUUGUUAUAUCGCUCGUCGCUUAGCCAAAAUAUAUUUUUUUUAUAAUUA